UUGGAAGUCCUGUGAGCAGCAAGAGCAGCGGCGGCAGCAGCAAGAAUGAACUGCAAGGAGGAAAAUGACAACUGCACUGACGGGAGCAGGAGCAGCACCAAGAAGAUGCUGAAAUGCGUGGUGGUUGGGGAUGGUGCAGUUGGGAAAACCUGUUUGCUGAUGAGCUAUGCCAAUGAUGCCUUCCCAGAGGAGUAUGUCCCCACUGUGUUUGACCACUAUGCAGUAACCGUGACUGUGGGAGGACAACAACACUUGCUGGGGCUUUAUGACACUGCAGGGCAGGAGGAUUACAACCAGCUGAGACCCCUGUCCUACCCCAACACAGACGUGUUCCUGAUCUGCUUCUCCGUGGUGAAUCCUGCCUCCUACCACAACGUGCAGGAGGAGUGGGUGCCUGAGCUGAAAGUCUGCAUGCCCAACGUGCCUUAUGUCCUCAUAGGAACACAGAUUGACCUCCGGGAUGAUCCCAAAACUUUGGCGCGGCUGCUUUACAUGAAGGAGAAACCACUCACCUAUGAGCACGGAGUGAAGCUGGCAAAGGAGAUCGGAGCCCAGUGCUAUCUGGAGUGCUCAGCACUCACACAGAAAGGCCUUAAGACUGUCUUUGACGAGGCAAUCAUGACCAUUUUCCACCCCAAGAAGAAGAAGAAGCGCUGUGCAAAGUGCCACAGGUGCUGCACCCUUGUGUGACGUCCCCUGCGAGGCAGAGCCAGCUGAGUUCAGUGAAACCAAGCAGGUUAGAAAGGCAAUGAAGGUCACACACAACUGAAACGGGGAGCAUGACCAGAAAAGGGUCCUUCUUACCCAAAUAUAGGAGCUCUCCAUGCUGUGACACCUCCAAGCUGUAUCACCCUUGGCCAACUCCUGUCUGUGCUUUCCUAACCCUCCAGAGCUGUUUGGCAGCCUGUUCCCACUGCUGCAGACUGCACCAACAGAAACCAGGAUGCCUACUUGGCUCCCCACCUUAGGAAUAAGGUGAAGGUGGCUUGUGACAAAACAAAGAGCUAAAGACAGCAAA